CUUCACAUCCAAGAAAGGCAAGUUUACAAAUAUGCUGAUAUGCCUACAGUUUUUCCUCUCAAAACAUAUAUUUCUACACUUACAUUACAUACAUUCUCCCCAGAUGAAUAAAGGGUGAAUAAAAAAAAAGUGAAGUUUGAGUCUUUAGUCCAUCCAUGGAUCUUUUACACAGAGCUUAACAGAUUAUUCAGCAAAUUAAAAAAAAAAAGAAAAGAAAUCAAGAAAAUGCCUGCAGUUUGGUUUGCUCUGAAAAGAUCCCUGCGUUGCAAAACAGAGCAACGUGACGUGCAAGAUCCGGACGGCCAAAAAAAGUUAGGCAAAAUAUCGACAAAAAGGUCCAACUCCGGCCGGUCAGGCUGCUCGAGGUCAAUAGCUAAUCUUAAAGAUGUCGUGAUCCACGGUAGCAAGAGACACACCGGAACAAAACCCACGAUUUGCAGCCCGAGAUCCAUCGGCAGCAGCGAAUUAUUGAACCCGAUUACUCACGAGGUCGUGCUGAAUAACUCCACUUGCGAGCUCAAAGUGAGUGCGACGGGCCACGGUUUUCACGAAUCGAAUUUUGUCGGCAUGUUAAAGCCCGGGACUCCGGGCCCAAUGGGCUUUCAUGUGGGCCGAGGGGUUGGGCCGGGCUUUCUUGGCAGCCCGGUUAGGCGGACAGCUAGCAGCCUGUCUCGAAGGAGUUCUGGGUUAGGUGUUGUCUCGGCUAGGCCCAGGUCCUCGUUCGGGCCGGACUCAAAUGGGGCUCUGUUUUGCCAUAAGUGCCACGAGCAGUUUGUGAGGUGGGAAGCUGUGGAGGAGCAUCAUCUUUCCAAGCACGCCGUUACCGAGCUGGCAGAAGGCGAUUCCUCACGAAAGAUAGUCGAGAUCAUAUGUCGGGCCAGCACAGCCCGGCUCGAAAACCCGCGCGGUGGUGGUGGGAUCGAAAGGAUCCUCAAAGUCCACAACAUGCAAAAAACUCUAGCCCAAUUCGAAGAGUAUCGGGAGCUCGUGAAGAUCAAAGCCAGCAAGCUCCCGAAAAAGCACCCUCGUUGCCUUGCUGACGGCAACGAGCUCCUAAGAUUUCACGGGGCGUUUUUGGAAUGUUCACUCGGCUAUAAAGGCUCGUGCAGCCUCUGCAAAUCCGAAAACUGUCGAGUGUGCCGGGUUUUGAGGUACGGGUUCUCGACCAAGAAGGAGCUGACAGGUGGCGUUGGGGUGUUCACGGCCUCGACUAGCACGCGGGCUUUCGAGUCGAUACAAGGGCCCGAAUGUGGUGUGGGCCCACGAAAGGCGUUGAUUGUGUGUAGGGUUAUUGCGGGAAGGGUUCAUAGGCCGCUCGAGAAUAUACAAGAGAUGGUGGGGCAAACUGGGUUCGACUCGCUGGCAGGGAAAGUCGGAGUUCAUUCGAACAUUGAGGAGUUGUAUUUGCUCAGCCCAAGGGCUUUGCUGCCUUGUUUUGUGGUGAUUUAUAAAAGCUAAUUGGGUUUUAUGUUCUGAUUUUUCUAUUCUUUUUCCCACUUGGAUAUAUAUAGUAUUGACUUGGAGUUUAUUUGUUUAUGAAUUCUGGUAAAGAGCAAUUGUUUUUAGCCCCUAGCUGGUGUUAGAAUUUGGGGGGUGUUUGAUGGGAAGUGGUAUGUAUAGAACUGCUAAAGGAAUAAUGAGAAUACAAUUUUUUUU